UGUGUUAGGUUGUUAACAGAUACAAUAAACCUGCUCGGUGGCCAUGUUUCUUUUGUUUAACCGGAAGUGACCCCGCCCACUGAAUGGAACCAUUUCUUAACAAACCGGAUUUUCUAUCUCUGUGGACAAGUUUGACAGAUGUGCCACGUUUUACGGCAAGACAACAACCUGACAGUAGUAAGCAUUUGUUGUCACGCCACGUGACACAGCGGUGACUAGUUCAAGGCCGAGGCAUGGCCUUCACCUCCAGCACCACCAGCAGCAGCAGCAAGAGGUCGCCCUACAACAUCGACCUGCUCAACCACCUGACCAACAACCUGAUGAAGAAGUACGGCUCGGAGUUUGAGCUGGUCAGCAAGUUGACCAACAUCAAGCACAGAAGACCGGAAGUCGUCACCAGCAGGUCAGUCUCCAGCCUGCCCCUGGUCAAGGUCACUGGGCCGGAUAUGACGUGUGAUGAGAACCUCCAGGAAUAUUUCCCCACACAGACCCAGUCCAACCCCUGCUCGCCACGUGUGGCUAGAAGGGCCUUCACCACAUGUCUGGACGGCACUCAGUACAUCAUAGUUGCCAACCCACCAGAGCGAGCUAAAGACGACAGUAAUGUGGGGACGAGGAAUGGUCAACUCUCCAGGACGGGAUCCCUCACCGUCCUACGCCGCACCAACUCGAGGAAGACUGGGAGCAGCAGCAGUCGAGCCAGCAGUGUCAGCAUAGAAAGUUUGGACAGCUACGCCAGCGCUGACCUCGGGGUGGACAAGCUGCCCCCAGUGGACACGUCAGAAGCCCUUCACGCCUGCUCCCUCAGACUGCGCAACCUGGUACGGCGGCUGGAGAAAGAAGAUUUAAACAGAGAUGACAUGAGAAAGAAUCUCGAAUAUGCAGCAAAUGUCCUGGAGACAGUUUACAUUGACGAAACCAGACGCAAAGAAUUACCCUCUCCUAAUGCUCCAAUCCUGAAUAAUGCGGCGAGAGAUGUAAAAAAAUGCAAAAACAAACUUUCUCGACGUUUGUGUGAAGAAGAUGAUGAACUUAGUGAAGUGGAGCCAGAUGCUGUCCCAAGUGAAGUCAGGGAUUGGUUAGCUUUGACAUUUACAAGGUCAAUGUCUAACAUGAAGCGCCGAGGUGAAGACAAGCCUCGUUUUAGAAGUGUUGCUCAUGCAAUCAGAGCAGGAAUCAUGGUGGAUAGAAUAUACAGACGAAUGUCCAGCUCAGUUGGUUUGCAUGUUCCACCCCAUGUUUUAAUGUUGUUGAAGAACCUUGAUGACUGGUCUUUCAAUGUUUUUGCUGUUAAUGAGGCAGCAGAUGGACACAGCCUAAAGUUUGUUGGCUAUGAACUUCUACAAAAAUAUGACCUGAUCACUAAAUUUAAAAUUAACACACAGAUGCUUGAGAGCUUCCUCUUUGCCCUUGAAACUGGCUACAGCAAAUACAAAAAUCCAUAUCAUAACCUAAUGCAUGGUGCUGACAUAGCUCAGACAGUUCACUAUGUGUUAUCCCAGAGCAGACUGGCACAAUUACUAACUGACUUAGAAGUAUUUGCAACAUUGGUUGCUGCCCUCAUACAUGAUUUUGAACAUACAGGAACAACAAACAACUUUCAUAUAAAUACAUCGUCUGAAGUUGCAUUACUGUACAAUGACAGAGCAGUUUUAGAAAAUCAUCAUAUUAGUGCAGCAUUUCGACUUGUUAGAGAAGAGGAACACAACAUAUUAUGCAAUCUUAGCAAGGAAGAAUACAGGGAGUUCCGUACCCUUGUUAUUGACAUGGUUUUGGCAACUGACAUGUCCUUCCACUUUCAACAAAUUAAGAACAUGAAAAGCUUACUGGGCAUGCCAGAAAACAUUGAGAAGUCUAAAGUUCUGUCCCUUGUAUUACAUUGUGCUGAUAUAAGCCACCCAGCCAAAGACUGGGAACUGCAUGAGAAAUGGACUGGCUUUUUGUUAGAAGAAUUUUUCAGACAGGGUGAUAGAGAACAAGAACUUGGGCUUCCUUUUUCUCCACUCUGUGAUAGAAAAAAUACAUUAGUUGCCGAAUCUCAAAUAGGUUUUAUUGACUUUAUAGUGGACCCAAGUUUUCAAGUAAUGGGAGACAUGUUGGAGAAAGUUAUGUCCCCUUUGAACUCCCAAUCCGCUAACUCACACAACAGAAAUAUUGAUGAGGCUAUCUCUGAAGAGGUUUUUGAAAGCAAAGAUAGAAGGGAUAAAUCUACCAGUACGACAAACUUGUGCAGUCGACCAACAACACCUAAAACUCCAAUGUCGCCUUAUGGACGUUUUGAGCUCAGGCGACCUUGGGUGGAUUGUCUUUUACAGAACAAAAGCAACUGGAAAGUGAGGGCUAUUAAAGGUCAGCCAAUUGUCUCAUAAAAUUUCAAUUUUUGGUCCAA